AUGGUUAUUGAUGCUGCGGGUCCAGAAGUAGUGUUCACGGAGAAGGAGCCGAAUAAUGAAGCUAAGAAUUUUUAUGAUAUGAUGCGUGCGGCCGAAAAACCUGUAUGCCCCGGUAAUAGCAAACAUUCACCCUUGUCUGCAGCUGCUAAAAUGUUGGACAUCAAAUGUCGACAUAGUGGGUCAGUAGCUUUAGUAGAUGAUGUGACCGAAUUUAUACAAGAGCUGCUCCCAGAGGACAACAAGAUGCCAAAGAACUUUGCUGAAAUAAAGAAGAUAGUCAGAGGUCUUGGGUUGCCGGUUGAAGUUAUCGAUUGCUGUUUCCGCAACUGCAUGAUUUAUUGGGGGUCAGACGCGGAGUUAACGCGAUGCAAAAUUUGCGAUCACGAACGGUGGAAACCGCCCCCUAAAGGAAAUUCUGUGAAAAGACGAGUUAACGUCCCUUAUAGGAAAAUGUUUUAUUUUCCUAUAACUCUGAGACUGCAGAGUGAAUUGCAUACAGAGUUUGCGGCAGAAGUUCGAAAUAUCAGACUGGGCCUGUGUACUAUUCGGUUUCAGCUAUUUGGGGCCUUCGGGCAGAAUUAUUCAUCAUGGCCUGUAAUUUUGACACCAUACAAUCUUCCCCCAGGGAUGUGUAUGAAAGAUGAGUUCAUGUUUUUAACUGUUAUUCUCCCUGGGCCUCGAAAUCCUAAACACCAAAUGGAUAUUUUCCUGCAGCCGUUGAUAGCUGAGCUGAACCAACUGUGGGAAUUCGGAGUGCAGACAUUCGACGUUCAAAGGCGACAGAAUUUCCAAAUGAAAGCGGCACUUAUGUGGACAAUUAAUGAUUUUCCUGCUUAUUCGAUGUUGUCUGGCUGGAGCACAUCUGGGAGACUGGCUUGCCCACACUGCAUGGAAAAUACGGAUGCUUUUACGCUUAAAGGGAGUAGAAAACAGUCGUGGUUUGACUGUCACAGAAAGUUCUUUCCUCGUGGUCACCCGUACCGUCGUAAUACAACUCAUUUCCGAAAAGGAAAAACCGUAAACAAUAGUUUCGGACAGCCGAAAACCGGAGAAGAAUUGUUUGCAGAGGUGGACAGUCUGGGAUUUAUGAAGGCAUAUGAAAUUGGGGCUGAGAAAAAUAAUGCUGCGAAGUCGGAAAAUUAUGGUUGGAAUAAAAAAAACCAUGCAAAAUCGAGAGAAGAGUUGAAUGACAUAUGUGCUCGGCCUGAGUUAGCAAAAGAUCCGGUUACUAGGAGAUUUCCUAAGGCAAUGUAUGCUUUGGACAGGGACGGAAAAAAGGCUUUGCUCGAGUGGAUUAAGUUAAUAAAAUUUCCAGAUGGCUAUGCGUCCAACUUGUCCAGAUGUGUCGAUACAAUCGGUAUGAAAAUGCAUGGAAUGAAAAGUCACGACUGCCACAUUUUUAUGCAAAGACUUCUGCCAAUCGCUCUCCGUGAGCUAUUACCAAAGGAAGUGUGGGAGCCUAUAACAGAGUUGAGUAUCUUCUUUCGUGAGUUAACCUCCACGUCUCUAACAGAGAAAGAUCUAGAUCGUAUGAGGCUGGAAAUCCCAAAGAUAUUGUGUAAGCUGGAACGUAUUUUUCCUCCCAGCUUUUUUGACUCUAUGGAACAUCUACCCGUACGUCUACCGUACGAAGCUAUGAUGGCAGGGCCGGUUCAGUAUCGGUGGAUUAUAUUAACAUGUAAUGUUUACUUACUGUGGCGUAUGUGGAAUCAGAUAUUUGAGAAAACUGAAAAAAAACGGCUGCAAAGAAAUGAAGUUUGUGACAUUGAAGUCGACGACGAUGUUGAGAGACUAUCUAUUUUCAAGCCGCAAGGGCAAUCAGUGGGUGCUUGCCGCAAGAGAUAUCUUGAAGAUGCUGAGAUUGUUGCUGCCCGGACAUAUGUUCUAUUGAAUUGUUCAGAAAUUGAAAAUUACAGAGAGGUUUUCGAAGGCGAGUUGCGUAGAGGAAACCCUGAAAUCAGCACCUCGCAAAUUGAAGCAAAGUUCGAGAGUGACUUUGCCUGCUGGUUUCAACAAUAUGUGCAAGAUCCAACUGUCUGUACCAAUCCCUUCAUUCUUAGUCUCGCUAAAGGACCUCUUAGAUCAGUCAGAACAUUUAAGGGGUACCGUGUAAACGGGUUCAAGUUUCAGACUCAAGCUUAUGGGGAGGAACAACUUACAAUGAAUAGUGGAGUCUGCGUAAGGGGAACUCAAUAUGUCGAUAGCGAAAAUGACUUUUAUGGAUUUCUGACAGACAUAAUUGAGUUAGAGUAUCCAGCGCUUCCAAUGAAAACGAAUGUCUUAUUUAAAUGCGAAUGGUUCGACCCAGCGCAAAAUUCAGGCACAAUUAGUAACAAAAAAUACAACAUGGUGGAUAUUAAUAACAGAAAGAGAUACAACAAGUAUGAACCGUUCAUCUUAGCUGAACAGGCCGACCAAGUUCAUUACCUGCCAUAUCCGAGUAAAAGAAGGGAUAAAAUAAAUUGGUGGGCAGUUUGCAGGAUAAAGGCACGAUCAGAGCUUGACAUGCCCGAGGGGAUUAUCCCGGCCUUUCAAGAUGACAUAGAAGAAAAUCCUCUCAUUGUUGCAAUAGAAGACAAUCCAACAUAUUUGGCUGAUCAAACUGGAGAAGCUGAGGAAGAUGCGUUGUUCAUGCCUCCUGAACAAGAAACAGAAGAUGAGUUCAUCGCAUCCUCAUCAGACGAAGAUGAAAGCGAAGAACUUAAGUAG